GGCAAUUUCUGAAGCCAUCAUGGCCCGUCGAUAUGAUAGUCGCACUACUACCUUUUCACCAGAGGGAAGGCUCUAUCAGGUGGAGUAUGCGAUGGAGGCGAUCAACAAUGCUGGCUCAACAGUAGGAGUACUCGGAAAGCAGUGUGUGAUCUUGGCCGGCGAGAAGAAGACCAUCAGUAAACUCCUAGAGUCGGGUAAAGCAAGUGAGAAGAUUUACCCCAUUGAUGAUCAUGUCGUAUGUGCGGUCGCUGGUAUUACGAGUGAUGCCAAUGUCCUUAUCAAUCAACUGCGACUAUCAGCUCAAAGGUAUCGAUAUUCGUAUCAAGAACCAGUACCAGUGGAAAAGUUGGUGACUAGUAUAUGCGAUGUGAAACAACAGUACACGCAAUUCGGCGGUCUGCGUCCCUUCGGCGUAUCCUUCCUCUUUGCUGGCUAUGACGACCAUUACGGUUUCCAAUUAUACCACACUGACCCCUCGGGCAAUUUGAGUGGGUGGAAGGCCACGGCUAUCGGUGUGAAUAACCAGACGGCACAGGGCAUCCUCAAAACUGACUGGCAUGAGGAUAUGUCUACUAAGGAGUGUUUGGACUUGGUAGCAAAGGUGUUGGUGAAGUCCAUGGACACCGCCACGCCGACCGCUGAGACUCUCGAGUUCGGCGUUUUGACCUUGAAUAAGGAUAAGGAGGUUGCCUUCCGAAUGUUGUCUGAUGAUGAAAUCAAUACUCUUAUGGCGGCGGCUAAGCCUGAGAAGCCGGCUGAUGAGGAGUAAUACGCAUCGAUGAUUGCUUGUGGUUUGUGAGUACUUAAAAGGCUAGUGAACUGCCUUUUUAAUGAUACUGUUUC